AUGAAGGCGAAAGGAGACUUGCAAGAGUACAAGGUGAUUGGCAGGGGUCUGCCAACAGAAAAGAAUCGAACCCCAGCCUUGUACCAGAUGAGAAUUUUUGCACCUGACAAGGCUGUUGCUAAGAGUCGGUUCUGGUAUUUCCUCAGUCAGCUGAGGAAGCUGAAGAAGGCUACUGGUGAGAUAGUCAGCUGCAGCAGGGUGUUUGACAAGAAGCCACUGAAAAUCAAGAACUUUGGCAUCUGGCUGCGCUACAACUCUCGCAGCGGCACACACAACAUGUACCGCGAGUACAGAGACCUGACUGCUGGCACUGCUGUCACACAGUGCUAUCGUGACAUGGGAGCCAGACACAGAGCUAGGGCCCACUCCAUUCACAUCAUCCGUGUCGAGGAGAUUGCCGCCAGCAAGUGCAGGAGACCCAACACUUUGCAGUUCCAUGAUGCAAAGAUCAAGUUUCCCUUGACCCACAGAGUUCACAGAAAACUGCACGCUCCUCGCUUCGCAGCCAGUCGGCCACACACAACUUUCUAA